CGGCAGCGGCAGCGGCGGCGCUCUGCAGCCAUCCAGCCAGCCAGCACCCACCCUGCCUGUGUGAAAGAAGUCGUUUCUGUAAAAAUAUAGCCCUACCCUCAUUUUUACCCCUCCUGCCGCCGCGGCCAAAAAGAAGAAAGCUGUGUGUGUGUGCACGUGUGUUGGUGUGAGUGAGUGUUAUUUCUCUUCUUUUUAUGUGCCGCUGAGGUAGGGUUGGCAAGUUUGGCCGCCGCCGCUGCCGCCGCCGGUAGUGGGGAGGAUCUACACCCACAGAAAAGGCCGCGAUAUGAUUCUCUAAUUGGGCGAGUGUGGCAAACCUCAGUGGUGCACCCAACAAUCCACAACUGCGUGUGUGCUCCGGCUGGCCGCUGCUGAGCAGCCAUGACCAAGACCAGCGUUCGCAAGAUGCACGCCGAGUCGACGGCCGCGGCGGCCACCAAGGCGGCCGGCAACGGCUCGACCGCGGCCGCCAACGCGGCCAACGAGCCCCUGACUGUGGAGAACUUUGCUGAGAGGGCGCUCAACGAGAUCCUGGCCGAGCGUCCUGGCGAGCUCGUCCGCACCGGAAGCCCGCAAUUCGUGUGCACCGUGUUGCCGCCGCACUGGCGCUCCAACAAGACCCUGCCGGUGGCCUUCAAGGUGGUGGCCCUCGGCGACGUGCACGACGGCACCCUGGUCACGGUGCGCGCCGGCAACGACGAGAACUAUUGUGCAGAGUUGAGGAAUUGUUCGGCCAUCAUGAAGAACCAGGUGGCCAAAUUCAACGACCUCCGCUUCGUCGGCCGCAGCGGUCGAGGAAAGAGCUUCACGCUGACCAUAAUAGUGAGCACGUCGCCGCCUCAGAUCACCACCUACACCAAAGCCAUAAAAGUGACUGUCGACGGGCCUCGGGAGCCUAGAAGUAAGACAAGACACCAGGCGUUCCACCCCUUCCACUUCGGCCAUCGAAGCCACUUCCAUUUCGGCAACCCCCUCGAUCAGCCCCGGAUACCUGACCCUUUGGCUGGCUCCAUUAAUUUUAAACUCUCAGGAAUCGCCCAGCACCUGGGGAUGAACCCAGGCGAGCACCCGUGGAGCGCGUUCAGGGCGGCGCACCCCUACCCGCACCAGUACACGCUGCAACAGUCCACCGGAUUACACGGUCCACAUUUCCCGGCGACGGCGGCUGCGGUGGCCGCCGCGCACGCACUCGCCUUCCCCGGUAGAGCGGCGGCGGCGGCGACCGUGCCCCAGGAGGAGCAAACCGUGUCGCAAAACCUCAGCACCAACACUGCCAUCGCGAGACCAACCUCACCUGUCAGAGCGACGUGUGCGGAAAGCAUUAGCAGUCGUCCGAAAAUCCUGGCGCCGAGCCCGAAGGCGGCCAUGGCAUCCAACGACACGCCCAACUCGAACUCGUCCACAUCACGGCACCGCAGCACGCCGUGCUCAGCCACGUUGAGUCCACGGUCGCCGGAGACGGCUGGUUCGGUGACGACGGAGUCGCCGGCGACGCCGGUGCCGGGCGGGCGGCCCACCCUGCCCCUGAUGCACCUCCCCUCGCUGCUGAGCGGGCACGGCUACUACAGCAGCAUGUUCCUGCACAACACCCUGCUGCCACCCAGUCUACUCUACUCGCACCUCUACCCCAACCACUUCCCGGGCCACGAGCAGCUGAUGGCCGCCGCACACCUGCGGCCGCCGCUGGAGUCGCCAGCGGACUCGUCUGAGGAGAAGGCGCAUCCAGAGGACUGCAGCCUCAAGGCCAGGCCCGAGACGAGUUCGCCGCCGUCGUCACCACCCCCGAAGGCGUCGUCACCGCCAGCUGAGGUCACGCAACCACCUCGAUCCAGUCCUGGGAGGGCCGCGGCCAGGAAGCCGGCCACCGACGUCUGGCGGCCCUACUAAAAUUACGAUUUUAAUGCGAAAAAAGGUUUUUGUAACGAUAUUUUGUGUGCCACUAUCGUUGAAUAUAUCGAAUUUGUUGUUGAAGUAAAUUCUUUAAUGGCGAGGGUUGCCCUCAGUGUUCUGAAUAAUCCAAACGAAACGCACUACUUAAUAAAUCUAAUUUACCUGCAUCCUCAAACGGAUUUGAUCUCAUUUUCAUCUAGCCGAGUAAGAAAUAAAUUGUGAUUUUUAUUAUUUAAAACCGCUUUCGGCAAACCACUUUUGUACAAAGAGAAACCCCUGACAAAUCAAAACCACGCACCUCUGUUCUUGUUGUUGAGUUUCGUGUAAAUUGUAAAAAGAGUAAAUUGUGUAAAUGCAAGCUGUUAUUCUUCAUCCCACGACGCAAAUGUACCGAUAAAAGUAACGAGAUUGCACUGCUGCAACUAUGAGAGUGAGAGAGCGAAUGCGAUGCAUGUACCACCGUACUAAAUGGAUGUAAAAAAUAAAACACGUGACUCUUUAAAGUA